GAGGAGGAGAGGCCCGGGCCGCAUAAAGAGCCGAGUCCCGCCGGCCACCACCACAGUGCCACAGCAGACACCAUGUCGCAGCGACAGUGGCGCAUCCGAAACCCCGAGGCCAGGGCGCCAGGUGGCGAUCCCGACGCCCCAGGCCAAACCUGGGAGGGGUACCCCUUGGAGGUGCGGGACGGGCCGGACGAACCGUGGCGGCCGGCUGAUGACGACAGCGAUCCGGAGGGGCCCAUCGCUGGGCGCGUCUUCCGCGCCAUCGCUCCAGGGGCGCUACCCCAAACCUACUUGCUGGAGCCCGCGGCAUUCGACGGGCUGGGGGCCCUGCUCGCCACAGCCGCAAUGUCGCCGCUCCGCGCGUCCCAGACCGAAAACCGCGGGGAGGAGGCCCGCGCCCCCCCGCCGCGCCCGCGACGGCGCCGGGCGGCGCGGCCGCAGGCUCGGCCACUCGACUCCGAGGGGGAGGAAGAAGACACUGCAGCCGCCGUCCCCCGCCGGGGGAUGCGCAUGUAGCCCCAGCAAUAUCUGUAACAAGGAAGCAUAUCAAUAAAGAGUUGCCAAAGCACGCGCCUGUACGUCAUUGUAAACAACACCCGAACGCAGCCUCCCAACCCAGCCAGUGGUGGGGGUCAGCACCAUAAAGGCCGGCGCCGGCGGCCAGCUCGGCCACUCUUCAACAGCCAGCCCACCCCUUCGUGUCGCCAUGUUCAGCACCAUGUGGCACGUCCUCCGGUCCGGCAACGUCGUGGUGUUCCACAACGACUGCCCAGGCGUGUGGGCCGACCGGGGGCACGUGCUGCUCCAGAUCUGGGACCCGGCGACCGGGGGGUGGGCCAACCCCACCGACGCGCUGGUGGCAGCGGCGCGUCCCGCCGUGGGGCCCCCGAGCCCUGGGGGGGGCACCGCACAACAGCCGGAGGAGAGCUCCAGCGAGGACGAGGUCGGCCCGUCGCAGCUCCACCCCACCCCCGACCGACGCUGGGCCGUGGCAGGGCCUAGCGUCACUCCGACGGGACCCGGCCUCGCCCCGGGCGCGGCGCCGACGCCCCCGCGAGUCUUGCGUAGCAUCAGCGAGGAGGAGGCCUGUAAGCUCCAGAGAACGAGGUACAGUACAGGGCCAAGGAGAAAACUAACAUGUCCAUUGUUUACAGUGCUGGACAGCCCAGGUCAGGCCGACCCCUUGUAUCUAGGCAACCCGUGGGGGUGUCGCCGGUGCCCCACCAUCCGCCAGCUAUGCGCCUCUUGCGAGGCCCUCGCCAGGGAGGAGUACGUGGCGGAGCAGGCCGCGGCGGCGGCCUACCUGCUCCAGAAAACCAAUGAGGCCAACGAGCUGGCGGCCGCCUACGAAGAGGCCCGGGCCGCCCGCCAGCUGGCCGAGGAAGCCGAGGUAGCCGCGGAGGAGGCCGCCGCCAACGCGUACCUGGACGCCCAGGACGCCGCCGCCCGUCUAGACGGACUUGACUCCAGUCACCGUAGUCAGCCUUGAAGAAACCUUGACCUUGACCAGGACCUGCAAACC